AUGAUCCAAGACUGGUUGAGAGCCCCAGAUACAUCUAUUAACUUCAACGAGAAUAGAAGGAAGAAGCAUUCAGGCACCGGUCUCUGGCUAGUCAUGGCUAUAUGGAGCGAAAUUUUUUUAUGGCUAAGAGGCUUUGCGGGGUGUGGAAAGUCCGUCUUGUGUUCAAUAAUGAUUGAACAUACUUUGCGCCGGCGGGGGUUCGACAGAACUUCUCGAGGGGGCGUGGUGUUCUUCUUCUUUACAUUCAAAGACGACAGUAAACAGAAUAUAUCAGAUUAUCUGCGCUCGUUAGUACUACAGCUCUCUGCGCAACUCGGCAGCACUCCGGCGCUCCAGAGAUUGUCCAGGAACUACGAACGCAGUAUCCCUACAGACACAAGCUUGCUUGAGUGUCUACAUCAGGUCCAUUUGAUGUUCCAAGAUGUGUACAUCAUCUUAGAUGCCUGGAAUGAACGUCUUAGAGACGCCCACAGGAGAUGGAUGCUCGUAACAAUAGCAGAUAUACGAGCUUGGUCUGACUGUUUCUGUCUUCACUUGCUACUACAGUCUGACCAUGACAAGACUGUCACUCUGAGAAACGACGGAACAGACCGAGAUAUUGCAAUUUUCAUCUCACUGCAUUUGCGGAACAACCAUCGGCUGCGGAAAUGGGAGCAAUAUCAUCCUGAAAUCCAGCGUGUCUUAACCCAGAAGGCUGAUGGAGUGUAA